GAUCUGCCACCAAAUUCUGUUUUACACUGCGGAGGAUCUUACAGGCAACCGAUGCAUCCCUUCCUGCUUCUGGGUUUCAUAUGCGUUUCAGGGUCAGAACCAGACGUCAAAUGCACAACUUCAGAUCGUGCUGUUUUAGGGGGCACGGUAACCCUGACUUGUGCUUUAACAUUGUCGCAUUUAGAUACUGAGCAGCUGACGUGGCAGAAGAAGAAGGAUAAUGUCACCCAAAAUAUUGCCACCCAAAGCAAAAAGUACGGAGUCAAAAUUAACCCGUCAUUCAACCAACGUGUAUCUGUUAAUGGCACAGAGCUGAACAGAUCAUCCAUCACCAUCUCCGAUUUGAAACUGGAAGAUGAAACCCUUUAUAUUUGUAUCUUUAAUGCAUUUCCAUUCGGGGCAUUCAAAGGCGCGGUCUACCUAACAGUUCCUGGUAAAUGGCACUUAACGUUUUUUUUUCCCCUUUUAGUAUUUAAAAAUAUUUGAAGAUUCCUGAUCAUUUAAAGGGACAGUUUAAUGUCGUACAAUCCCACUAUAGAAUAGUGCAUAUUAAUGCAAGUAUUCUGUGAGCAACCCUAACUCCCUAUAAAUACCUCAUU